UUCCGAAUAAAGCUAGGAAAUUGGGUGUGAAACCAACAAGCUUAACGUCAUUAAAUUAAUACUACCAUUUUAAUGAUAGAAGUUUAUGGUCACGGAUACACCAAUCAACCGACCAAUCAAGAUAUAGUAGUCCAAAACGGUGUCGUUUUCCUCACUAAUCAUACCCUACUCCCCCACUGAUCUUUCUCAGUGGCGUUUCUUCAGUUCAGAAAAUGUUAAAAAGAUUCCAAACACGCUUUUGUCUCAUGAACUCACAACACUAUCUCAGUAGUUACGUACAUCUUCUUCUCCGACCUCCUUAAACAAUACAAAAAAUUCUCUUACCAGUUUCUUCACAUAUAUAUAAUUUAAUUUAAUUUAAUAAAUUAUGAAUAUCAAAACACUGUUCUUCUCUCUCUUCGCCUUCUUCACAGCGAUCCAAACCCGGAUCUUUAUUUCCACCGCCGAACCGUUUACAGUAUCCAAAUCGAACUCGAGUAAAAUUCUAGUUUUACCCCUCAAAACCCAAGAAAUUCCAUCUUCAUCACCUCCGAACAAGCUCCCAUUCACCCACAACGUAACCCUCACAGUUUCAUUGGCCGUUGGCGCGCCACCACAGAAUGUUACCAUGGUCCUCGACACAGGGAGUGAGCUCUCCUGGCUCCAAUGCAACACCACCCGGAUCAACCGACCCGUAUUCGACCCGAACCGCUCGUCUUCCUACACCCCCAUCCCUUGCUCCUCCGCCACGUGCACCACCCAAACCCAAGAUUUCUCCAUACCCGCCUCCUGCGAUUCCAAGAAUCUCUGCCACGCUAUUCUCUCCUACGCCGACGCAUCUUCCUCGGAAGGAAAUCUAGCCAUGGACAACUUCACCAUCGCCGGGUCGAAGUUUCCGGGUACCAUAUUCGGGUGUAUGGAUUCGGGUUUCAGCAGUAACUCGGAUGAAGAUUCGAAAACAACCGGGUUAAUGGGCAUGAACCGUGGAUCUCUCUCUUUCAUCUCUCAAAUGGGUUUCAAGAAAUUCUCCUACUGCAUUUCGGGUUCGGAUUUUUCGGGUAUUCUACUCUUCGGCGAAUCCAAUGCCACGUGGCUUAUGCCUCUGAACUACACCCCAUUGAUCCAGAUUUCUACCCCUCUCCCUUACUUCGACAGAGUUGCGUACACUGUCCAGCUCGAGGGCAUUAUGGUCUCGCAAAAAUUACUCCAGCUACCCAAAUCCAUAUUCGAACCCGACCACACCGGGGCGGGUCAAACCAUGGUCGACUCCGGCACGCAGUUCACCUUCCUCCUCGGACCCGCGUACACCGCACUGAGAAACGAGUUCGUAAGCCAAACAUCGAAUUUCCUGCGGGUUUUGGAGGAUCCGGAUUUUGUGUUCCAGGGGGCGUUUGAUUUGUGUUUUCGGGUGCCGUUAAACUUAACGGACCCGCCUAAACUGCCGUCUGUGAGCUUAGUGUUUCGGGGCGCGGAGAUAACGGUGACGGGCGAGCGGUUGCUGUACCGGGUCCCGAAUGAAGUGAGGGGGAAUGAUUCGGUGCAAUGCUUCACGUUUGGGAACUCGGAUCUUUUGGGGAUUGAGGCUUACGUCAUCGGGCAUCACCAUCAGCAAAAUGUGUGGAUGGAAUUCGAUCUUGAGAAAUCUAGGAUCGGUGUUGCGCAAGUUAGAUGCGAUCUUGCAGGACAGAGAUUCGGCCUUCAUCUUUAGUUUCCCACUCUCGCACGUGCUUAAUGUCACGUGUGUUUUACUUAGGACACAGUGCCCUAGGUCAACUAGUUCAGAGAUUUUAAAAAAUGUGGUCCAAUUGCAAUCGUCCACGUACGACAGCGGUGUACAGAGAAGAGGUGCCAGAAUUAUGUUGUACAGUUUUGUGAGGAUUGAUGGUGAAAUAAAAUAGAUGGUCCACGUUUUUUGUUUUCA